AUGUUUGGACUCUUCUGCUUUUUCUCAGUCAUGGGCUCUUCCAGAAAACUGGAAAACCUUGUUGAAAAAUAUAGAGAGCAAUUAAAAGAAAAUUCCACGAUUGCAAAAGAAGAACAAGCUAUUUUGUGGUCAUUAGCUGAACUUGCUCGUCAAGUCGACAAGAGUGUUACAGCUGAAGAAGUUGAAUUCGAAAUAGGAUCAAAGAUCAACGAAAUUCUCGAAAGAGUUGAAAUUGCAGAUGCUUUACUUCGUAAAGAUUUCAAUGCAAUGAGAGUUGAAUUUGCUAAAACUAAACAAGAUGUAGCUUUACUUGUUGAAGGUGCAAAGAAACAGAUUGUUGAUGACAUGGAAGAAUUCAAGAAGCAACUUAUCGAAUCUCUUAAAUCUCUUGUUGAAACAAGUGGACAAGCACAGGAUAGUUGGAUUAGAAGCUCAUACGAUCGUGUCCGUGACACAUUUGGAAGCCUUAGAAGUUCUUCUAUGACAAGAUCAAUUAUCUUCUUUGUUUGCUUCCAAAUCCUCCUUAUAUUCGGUCUUAUUUUCUACAAGAAACUUGAUAACCAAUUGAGAAUGUUCCUUUAA